UUGGGAGGUCAUCAGUGAUGAGCAUGGUAUCCACCCCACUGACAGUUACCAUGGUGACAGUGACUUGCAGCUGGAGAGAAUCAAUGUCUACUACAAUGAAGCUGCUGGUAACAAAUACGUACCUCGGGCCAUCCUGGUGGAUCUGGAGCCUGGCACCAUGGACUCAGUCAGGUCUGGGCCAUCUGGCCAGAUCUUCAGGCCAGACAACUUCGUCUUUGGCCAGAGUGGUGCCGGCAAUAACUGGGCAAAGGGCCACUACACAGAGGGAGCAGAGCUGGUGGACUCCGUGCUGGAUGUGGUGAGGAAGGAGUCUGAGAGCUGUGACUGUCUCCAGGGCUUCCAGCUGACCCACUCGCUGGGGGGUGGCACGGGGUCCGGGAUGGGCACGCUGCUCAUCAGCAAGAUCAGGGAGGAGUACCCCGACCGCAUCAUGAACACCUUCAGCGUUAUGCCUUCUCCCAAGGUGUCAGACACCGUGGUGGAACCCUACAAUGCCACCCUCUCUGUCCACCAGCUGGUGGAGAACACCGAUGAAACCUACUGCAUUGACAAUGAGGCCCUGUAUGAUAUAUGUUUCCGCACCCUGAAACUGACCACCCCCACAUAUGGGGACCUCAACCACCUGGUGUCGGCCACCAUGAGCGGGGUCACCACCUGCCUGCGUUUCCCAGGCCAGCUGAAUGCAGACCUCCGCAAACUGGCCGUGAAUAUGGUGCCCUUCCCCCGGCUGCACUUCUUCAUGCCCGGCUUUGCCCCCCUGACCAGCCGGGGCAGCCAGCAGUACCGGGCCCUGACCGUUCCUGAGCUCACCCAGCAGAUGUUCGACUCCAAGAACAUGAUGGCUGCCUGCGACCCCCGCCAUGGCCGCUACCUGACGGUGGCCGCCAUCUUCCGGGGUCGCAUGUCCAUGAAGGAGGUGGACGAGCAGAUGCUCAACGUGCAGAACAAGAACAGCAGCUACUUCGUGGAGUGGAUCCCCAACAACGUGAAGACGGCCGUGUGCGACAUCCCACCCCGCGGCCUCAAGAUGUCCGCCACCUUCAUCGGCAACAGCACGGCCAUCCAGGAGCUGUUCAAGCGCAUCUCCGAGCAGUUCACCGCCAUGUUCCGGCGCAAGGCCUUCCUGCACUGGUACACGGGCGAGGGCAUGGAUGAGAUGGAGUUCACCGAGGCCGAGAGCAACAUGAACGACCUGGUGUCCGAGUACCAGCAGUACCAGGACGCCACGGCCCAGGAGGAGGAGAAGGGGGAGGGGGAAGGGGGAGCAUGUGUCCAAUACAUCGUGGUCUCUGUAUUCUAACUUGGAAUAAAUUUU